AUGACACUAGCCACUCGUUCCUUCUUUGCCAAACUCCUCCAAAACACCCACCAGAAAAACCUCCCAAACGGAAAGUCACUCCACGCUCAAAUCAUCAAGACCGGAUCUUCGUCUUGCAUAUACAUCUUCAAUAGCGUCGUCAACUUCUACGCCAAGUCCCACCACUUAACCGAAGCCCACCUUGUAUUCGAAGAAAUCGAAGUUAAAGACAUAGUCUCAUGGAACGGCCUCAUCAAUGGCUACUCUCAGCUGGGGACUCCCAAAUCUUCAUCCUCAGUCAUGAAACUGUUCAAGCUUAUGAGAAAAGAGAAUACUUUCCCUGAUGCCCACACUUUCGCCGGAUUUUUUUCUGCAGCGUCAAUUUUGAUGGACCCAUUUUGUGGCCAGCAAGCUCAUUCACUUGCCAUCAAAACAACUUGAUGUUCCGAUGUAUUUGUGAAUAGUUCUUUGUUAAACACGUAUUGCAAAUGUGGCCUUGUUGUUGAUGCGCGGAAAGUGUUUGAUAGAAUGCCCGAGAGAAAUUCGGUUUCUUGGGCUACGAUGAUUUCUGGGUAUGCUAUGCAUUGAUUUGCUGGUUAUACUUUGGAG